AUGUAUGAUCCAGAGGGUUACUCCCUUUGGUUUUGUGAUUACAAAUACAACAAUGAAAAUAUAGUUUCAUUUGUGACUUUGAACAAGGUGGGCGGUUUUCUGCAGCGGAUGGAUUUGGCUCGUAAAUAUGCGUUUAGGAAGAUGUUGGUGAUUGGGUCUGAUCCUCCUUUCAAGGUGAAGGGCUUGUGGCUGUUCCGUGGGCAAGAAGUUCCCCAGUUCAUAAUUGAUGAAUGUUAUGACAUGGAACUGUAUGAUUGGUGUAAGGUUGAUAUAACUGAUGAGGAUCAAAAGAAGCGUGUGAACCAGAUGAUUGAUGAUCACAAGCCUUUUGAGGGGGAGGCUUUGUUGGAUGCCAAAUGCUUCAAGUGA